CUAAUGUGCCAUUCCUCUAAAAGGCACUCCAGCCAGUCAGUUCUGGCCUCUUUAUCUGACUCAGUCUGCACCUUGCUUGUCAGAACUCCGCCAGACCAUCGUCAUUGCACGCCUGUCUCCUACGUGGCGCCAUCUUCCCUUUUUUCGUCAAGUGCACCUUUCGUUGAGGCUUGCCAUUGUUUCUCCUGCUGUUCGGAGAAGAAGACUUGGCGUCAGAAGUUUGAAGUACAAACAUCAACAUGCUACGUGUAGGGUUAGUUGUUGUCAUCGUGCUGUCGUCUAUCGUCAGCGUCGUCCUCGGUGGAGCUCUCACGGGUCUGAAAGGUGGCAACAUGAUGCAGCCUUUUUGUCGCAGCGGCAGCUACAGACCUGAUGCUGGGGACUUGCUGCCUGCCAGUGGAAAUGCUCCUUACUCUUUGAAGAUAGUGACCAAAGUGAAUCAGUACAGAGCUGGCCAGGCUAUUGAAGUGACACUUGAAGGUGUCAAUGGCAAACGAUUCAAAGGUUUCUUCAUCACCAACGACUGCGUCCAAAAGCAGCUGAUGGUCCACGCCGGCAACUUCCAGCCCAAGAACUCUCAGUUUGCCAAGACGACCCAGUUCUGUGGGGACGAUGGUGUGACCCACACUGGAAUCAAUGACAAGAUCUCUGUCACCUUCUACUGGACCCCGCCCCCCGCCUAUUCACUAGGACGAUGCCAGUUCAAAGCCACCGUGGUGGAAAACGACAAUGUGUUUUACACUGGUGUGUUGAGUAACUCUCUUGCGGCUGACCCUAACUUGCCGUCCUACGCGUCUCUACAGCAACGGCUUCAGCAACGACUUCAGAACGCCAUGCAGAGUCAAAACCAAGCUGAAAUGACAAACGUGCUGAACGAAUGGAAGACCCUGGCACCUAACGCCGCAGGAGCUUUAAACAUGAUGCAGUUAAACAACGGAGGAGCCCAAGGCGGAUUCAUGGGUUAACAGAUGUCUUUAAUUUAAAAAUUCACGGAGUACAGCAGACAGGAGCAAUGAGGUCUGCAUCAUCAUCAGUUGCUGAAACUCUCCGGUGAACUCUCUCAGGCGCUCGAUCAACAUCCGUACUCAGAGGAGAAUUUUUGUGGAGUCAAACAACAACAGAUUCAUCAGGAAAGAAGAAAUCAGUUACCCAGCUUGUCCAUCAGAAAGACAUCAAUCUUAUUUGUUAUCUUUGUCGAUUUUGAAUAAUUAGGAAAAUGAAGUAAAUGUGUUUCAAAAAUCUUU